AUGGCCUUACCAAAUACAAUCCACAAUCUCACAGAGCCUCACUCAACCGAGCAACAGACUCCAUGGAUCAAACAAGUCCUUCCUUCAUUGUCUCUGGAUGAAACAAUUGAACAAAUUAUGGGACGUUUUGGGUGGUCUCAGUUCUUGCAAGCCAUCCUCGUUUCAGUUCCAACUUUCUUUGAUGCACAACAAACAUUUAUCAGCAUCUAUACUGAUGCUGAGCCAAAAUGGCACUUCAACUUCAGCACAACAUGCAACAGGUGUCAAAUCUCAAAAAGUGAUUGGUCUUGGCCCUCUUGGGAUGAAUCUUCUCAGAAGACAAUUAUAUCAGACUGGGGUUUCGAAUGUGCUAGUUCAUUCAUGAUAGGCCUUCAUGCUUCAUCCUUCUUCAUAGGCAGCCUAAUAGGUGGAUUCACUCUUGCUAUGCUUGGUGACAUCCUUCUUGGUAGGAAGAACUUACUUUACCUCUCAUGUCUAAUAAUGUCCAUUGUCUCACUUCUCAUGGCAUUUUCGAUGAGCAUUUGGAUGUACUCAAUGUUGAGACUUGUAAGUGGGAUUGGACGUGCAUCAAUUAUGACAUGCUCUCUUAUAUUGUUAACACAGAGAGUGCGAAAAAGGUAG